UGUAAUUCUAGCAGGGGAAAGAGAAGAAACAAAGGAAACCUAAGCGCAGCGUGCAGAGGAAGGAAAGGAAGGAGACAUGGCGAGUGCAGAUGUGGAAGCUGUUGAUUUCGAGCCAGAGGAUGAUGAUCUCAUGGACGAAGACGGUGCCAUCGAAGUCGAAGCUUCGCCUCUUGCUCCUCCUCCAAAGCUCAAAUCCACCAUCACCGGUGGCUCCUCUUCCUUGCCUGCCCCUAAGAAGACCAAAGGCAGAGGCUUUCGGGAAGAAACUGACGCCGAACGCAACAAUCGGUUUGCCUCUAAGGAUUUCGAUUCCUUAGAUUCCAAUGGCGGCCCUGGCCCCCAACGAUCUAUUGAGGGAUGGAUUAUCUUGGUGACUGGUAUACACGAGGAGGCGCAGGAAGAUGAUCUCCAUAACACUUUUGGUGAAUUUGGGGAGAUUAGGAAUUUGCAUCUGAAUCUAGAUCGACGCACUGGAUUUGUCAAGGGCUAUGCAUUGAUUGAAUACGAGAACUUUGAAGAGGCACAGGCUGCAAUAUCUGAAAUGAAUGGUGCUGAGCUCCUUACUCAGAUCAUCUCAGCUGAUUGGGCUUUCAGCAAUGGACCUUUUAAAAGGAGAAGCAUGAAGAGGAGAUCACCACGUGGGCACCGUUCAAGGAGUCCUAGGAGGAGAUACUGAUGCUACCUGUUCUGAUGUGUGUGUUCCUUGGGUUGUUAAUUGGAAUUUAGAUUCGUUGCUCGAAUAUCAGUUGAUGUGGAUGGUUGAUGCAUGCUUUGGAGCUUUUAUCUCUCUAAUCCCCUAUUCGAUAACUGUUUUGUGGAUAAGAUUUGGUGGUUUCCUUUCAUGACAACCAUUUUCUUCCU